AAAAAUGUAGUCGAUAAAAAAAAAUAUUAAUAAAAUAAAUUAUAAAUGAUUGAAUGGGGUGCACUAUCGAUAAAGGAAUGGCACCGUCGAAAAAUAAAGAACUUAAAGCUAAAUUGGAACAUAAAUUAUACCUGGCUAGAGAGAACCCAGAGCCUGUCUUUGAUUUAUCAGAAUGCGAUUUAAAACAAGUGCCUCAGGGAAUAUUCACUUUGUGCAAAGUCUUUCGCAAAGAAGUUCUACUCCUGCACAAUAAUCGUCUUAGUAGUUUAGACAACGGAGGAUCAAUAAACGAUUUAAACUUAUUAACCAUCUUAGAUCUACACAAAAAUUUAUUAGUUACUUUGCCGCAGUCAAUAAAUGUGCUAACUAAUCUCAGGGAAUUAUAUUUAAACAACAACCGUUUAAAAGUUCUACCAAACGCAAUAUGUGAUCUUUACAAUUUACAAAUAUUAAAUUUGAACGAAAACUGUCUGAAAAACUUACCAGACAAUUUGGGAAAUUUGCAAACACUCCAAGAACUUUCCCUACGAGGAAACGAUAAAUUAACAGAAUUGCCUUAUAAAUUAUGCAUUUGUAGAAAUUUAAAAGUAAUUAGUUUGGAUUGCGAUAGAAUCAAAGAGCCUCCAAAGGCUGUAAUCGAAAAUGGGGUCGAUUGUAUAAGGAAAUAUUUUGCUGAAAAGCAUAAUAUUAUAUAUGAAAAAGAUGAAGCUGAUGGGGAUUUAUAUAAAAAAGAGUACAAGGAUGAGUAUUCCAGAGGCAGCUAUUUAACAUUGAAAGAACAAAAGCAAGCUGACUUUUUAGCAUACGAGAAACAGAAUGAAGAAAUUUUAAAACAAGAGUUAGAAAUUAGAGAGGCUGAAAGAUUAAAAAAAGAAAAGUUUUUAAAAGAGUUGGUAGCACAACAAGACCUAUUAGAAUCGGAGGUACGAAAAUUCCAAAAACUGAAAGACGAGGAUAGAAAAAAGUUCGUUGAUGAUCUACUGGCAGUGGAAAUAAGAACUGACAACAUCGUCAGGCAGCUUCUGGCGAUCAAACAUUCCGAAUCAUUUCAUGAACAAUUCUCACAAUUGCAACAUGAAGAAGAGGAAAGGCUUUUGCAGAUUUUCAGAGAAAGGAAUCACGACGAAUUACGAAAAAAAGACGUUUUACUUUCUAUGGAACAAAUGUUGCUGCAAGGAGACAUAGAAAUAUUUUCCAGGAGAAGUUGUGAAUUGGACACUGUUAAAAAUCAUGUCAUAGAAAGUGAAUUAGAGACAGGUAAGAUGAUAGAUUCUCAUCUGUGCAAACGGGACACGAGACAGAAUGAGCUGAUUGAAAUUCUGCAAAGGGAUGAACAAAUGCAAAGGGAGUGCCUUUUAAAAUUAUUAGCAAACAGAAACGACUGCGAAAGCUGGUGCCUGGUACAGAGACUACGUCUAGUCGAGACCCAAUUGAGUGAGCUGACCAAGCUGGAACUCGAGAAGAGGAAAAUGCAAAAUGAUAGCACACUGAACGAUUUGUCCGAAAUGAGAAUGGAGCUUGCAGCUCAUUUAAUCGAGUUGCUUGCUGAAAGGGAUGAGCGCAAACAAAAGCUGGUGAAGACAAUUCAGGACAUCGACAGAGAGCAAGAAAAAUUCUUCAAGGAAGAUUUGUGGUUGAUGAGAUUCCAACAAUUGAUGGAUUCGAUGCCAGAGUGCUUCCGCGAAACCAAUUUGGAUGUGGCUCUGAUGCAAAUUUUAUUAUCUGAAGGGCUAUUAAACUAUUUGCCUUAUUUUGGACGCCUCAUGGACAUCGUAUCAAAUGACACAAUGAAGAUAACAUACGAGUAUAUUCGUGAAGCCGGUAUUAAAGAUGAAGAAGCCCAAGAGGCGAUAAUGAACGCCAUAAGAAUUUAUAACCAAGGAACGGAUCGGAAUUUGUAUUCAAAAUCUAAAGAACUCACCAGAGAUGAAGUUCAGACUCCGACAGCUCCUGCAGUUGUUGGGUCACCGAGUUGUUCAAAUAUUAUUACAAACGAUAAUGGAAUUAAUGCAGAAACCUCAGUAAUGAACUCUGAGUGCGUUAUUUGUAUGGAUCAGGAGUGCCAAAUGAUAUUUGUGCCAUGUGGUCAUAUGUGCUGUUGUAUUUCAUGUUCUUCAAACGAGGAAUUAAAACUUUGCCCUAUGUGCCGAGCAGAAAUUAGCCAGAAAAUUCGCGUAGUUGUGGCAUAGAUUGUGCUUUUUUUGUCACUGAAUAAUAUUUGUAUUCUAUAA